GGUGAUCACAGAGUGAUGCUCUAGCGCUCCGGCGACACACCGACGCGUCGUUUUUCACGCACGACUGAAUGCGGUAUCGGUUUCGUGAACGUAUAGAUCGAAUUUGAAGAUUAAAACGUCAGUUGCCGGUGAUUUUAGGAUGGUUGAUGUGAAUCAAUGGCGGAAGUGAAAUCAGUGAUAGAAGAUAAGAUGGCCACCUCCUCCUCCAAUCUGGAAGAAGAUGAAAGUCUGAAAGGCUGCGAGGUUUUCGUGCAGAAACACAACAUACAGCAGAUCCUCAAAGAGUGCAUCGUCAACCUGUGCAUCGCCAAGCCCGAGCGGCCUAUGAAGUUCCUGCGGGAACACUUCGAGAAGCUGGAGAAGGAAGAAUGCAAGCAGAUCAUGGCCCGUCAGAAGUCCAACUCGCAGUCGGACUCUCACGAUGAUGAAGUGUCUCCUCCUCCUCCAAACCCGGUGGUGAAGGCCCGGCGCCGGAGAGGUGGGGUCAGCGCAGAGGUCUACACAGAGGAGGAUGCCGUCAGCUACGUCAGAAAGGUCAUUCCAAAGGACUACAAGACAAUGACUGCCCUGGCCAAAGCCAUCUCUAAGAACGUGCUGUUUGCCCACCUGGAUGACAACGAGAGGAGUGACAUAUUUGACGCCAUGUUCCCAGUCACGCACAUCGCGGGGGAGACAGUAAUCCAGCAAGGUGAUGAAGGAGACAACUUCUAUGUGAUAGAUCAAGGAGAAGUUGACGUGUAUGUAAACGGUGAAUGGGUGACUAGUAUCGGAGAGGGUGGUAGUUUUGGAGAGUUAGCCCUGAUAUACGGAACUCCUCGAGCUGCUACUGUGAAAGCCAAGACUGACCUGAAACUGUGGGGAAUAGACAGAGACAGCUACCGACGCAUCCUCAUGGGAAGCACGUUGAGGAAGAGGAAGAUGUAUGAAGAGUUCCUCAGUAAGGUGUCUAUACUUGAAUCGCUUGAUAAGUGGGAGAGGUUGACUGUGGCCGAUGCCCUGGAGCCUGUGCAGUUUGAAGACGGAGAGAAGAUCGUAGUGCAGGGAGAACCCGGAGAUGAUUUCUUUAUUAUAACAGAGGGUACGGCGUCCGUUCUGCAGCGCAGGUCUGAUAAUGAGGAAUAUGUUGAAGUGGGCCGCCUGGGUCCGUCUGACUACUUCGGUGAGAUAGCGCUGCUGCUCAACAGACCCCGUGCGGCCACGGUCGUGGCCAGAGGUCCGCUCAAAUGCGUGAAGCUGGACCGGCCCCGUUUCGAGCGCGUCCUCGGGCCCUGUUCGGAGAUCCUCAAGAGGAACAUUCAGAGAUAUAACAGCUUCAUUUCCCUCACAGUCUAACCCGACCUUGUGACACACGUCUAGACCUCCGUCAGGUUACUUGGGUGCCUGGUUGCAUAAAAUAAUGUGAGGUACUUUAUCAGUUUUGCUCAAAUCAUUAGCUUAACUCUAGUUGAGUUGCUCUGAUCAGGGUCGACAGUAGAUAAUAAUAAAAAACUAUUUCUUUUAUGCAGCCAAGCAUUCACUUUUUACUUUUUUUUGCAAGAAGCACAAGUGCUCUACCUUUCAGCUUUUUUCCUUUACGUGAUUUUCGUUUUCUUAUGUGCACUUUGAAUUGACCUAUGCUGUCACAAAGCUUUAUUUCUGCAGAGUAGGAGAGGAAAUAAGGUGCCCAAACAGACUGAAAUGAAACAUCUUAAUGUGGCAUGUGUAGAUGUCCGUACGUGAUGCAGACCAGAGAUGCAUUUUGUACACUUGCCAUUCAGGAAGGUAAUAUUACAGACGGCACAAGUAUAUGAAUAUGUUUACAUAGAGGAGAGAGGUUUUUUUCUUUGCCUUUGCCUUUGCCUUUGCCUUUUAGCUGUGUGUUUAGCGUGCUGUGUUUAACCCCACGUGGGUCAGAUGACCCUCUAAUGCGAAAUCUGUUUAUUGAAAAGCGUUUUUUGCUGUUCUAUAGUGAUAUUUUCUUUUUGGCUGUUUCAUCCCUUAUAACCUGAGUUGUGCUUCUGCAGCUGGAAUUUAUGGGAAGGGGUUUGUUACAUUUUAAGACACGAGUUUUAAUAUAGGACAGCUAUAAAAGGGUUUUCAUGCGAGUCUCGCUGAAGUCUUCAUGUGUUGUAAGAGUUGAAUCUGUAUGCUGUUGCUUUUCUUUGAAUCUUUACAAUGCAAUUGUAUUACACACAAAUGCACAUCCACACACAUGCUCUUAUAUCCUGAGGCCAUCACAUGUUUGGGUGAAUCUCACGAAAACCUGUCAAGAAUAUUUCCAGGUCGUAUUUCACCCUGACACCCCUAAACACACACACAUAUCAUAUAGGCUUCAUAAGGACCAUAUUUACUGUUUGAAGCCUAUUUUUAGGACCAUUGAGAUUUCUUUAUUCCAUUAUUUAUGCUGGUUGAAAUAAUAAUUAAAAAACACAAUAUUUUUUACUGUAAAACAGUAAAUAAAAAUACAGAAUUGAGAAUUAUGGGAAUUAAAAUCAUGGGAAUUAUGGGAAUUAAAAUUAUGGGAAAUGGGAAUAAGAUUUUUUGGUACAGUUCUGAGAAUAUUGCGGAGAAAUGUAAACAGUUGUCAUAAAAAAAAUAAUACAAACACAAAGCAAAAUGUCCCAAAAAGGCUCCUACAAAUAUUUUAAUUUUUUUAUGAAAAUCAAAUAAAAAAAUAAUAAUUCAAUUUUAGAGUAAAACUGUGCAAUUCUUCAGUUUCCUGAAAUGUACUAAUGGAUGUGACCCAAAAUUGAUCAGAAAUGGUAAUGGUAAAUUUGUGGGAAAUUGAGAAUAUUGUGGAGAAAUGUACGCAAUCGUCAUGAAAUAAUACAAACACAAAGCAAAAAAUAAAUCGCACAAAUGCUCCUUAAAAUGUUUAAUUUGGUGUAAGAAAAAAAAGAUUACACUUUAGAGUGGUAUUUGACAUUUUUUUCUUUGGUUCAUCAGUUACCUAAUGGAUGUGAUCUAAAAUUGAUAAGAAAUGGUAAAAAAAAAAUGAAUUAAAAAACUGAGAUUAAUGGGAAGUACAGUAAGUUUGUGGGAAUUUUUUUUUUUGGAGUACAGUAUUGAGAAUAUUCAGGAGAAAUGUACACAAUUGUCAUAAAAAUAAUGCAAACACAAAGCAAAAAUGUACCAGAAAUGCUCUUAAAAAUAGGUUUAAAUUGAUUUAUGAAAAAAAUCAUUACAUUUUAGAGUGAAGUGUGACAAAUUUGUGUUCAGUUCAUCAGUUACUUAAUGGAUGUGAUCCAAAUUAAUCAGAAAUGGUGAAAAAGUGAAUAAAAAAAAUUGGGAAUAAUGGGAAGUGCAGUAAAUUUAUGAAAAAUAAAUAAAUAAAUAAAAUUAGUGAAAUUUUGUGUGCAAUUUAUGGGAAAGAUAUUUUGUAGCAUUGACAAUAUUGUGGAAGUACGUAAUUGUCAUAACAAUAAUGCAAACUCAAAGCAAAAAUGUCCAAAAAUGCUCCUAAAGAUUUGUUUAAACUGAUUUAUAAAAAAAUAAAUACAUUUUUGAGAAUAAUGUUUUUUUUUUUUUUUUUUUUUUUUUUUUUUUUAACUGAGAGUACUGUGGAGAUAUGUAAACACAAAGCAAAAAUGAAAAACAUAAUUAUAUUUUGUGAAAUGUGACAAUUUUGUGUGCAGUUCAUCAGUUUCCUGAAAGUUACUAAUGGAUGCGACUUAAAAUUGAUCAGGAAUGCUGUAAAAAGCACAGUAAAGUUGUGGGAAAUUUGGCACAAUAGAGAAUAUUGUGAAGAAAUGUAGACAAUUGUCAUGAAAAUAAUAUAAACACAAAGCAAAAAUGUCCCAAAAAUCCUCCUAAAAAUGUAUUAGUUUCCUAAAAAGUACUAAAGGAUGUGAUAAAAAAUUGAGAAUAAUGGGAAGUACAGUAAAUAAUAUAUAUAUAAUAUAUAAUAAAAAAAAAAAAUAUAUAUAUAUAUAUAUAUUAUUUUAUUUAUUUAUUUUUUUUCGAGAGUAUUGUGGAGAUAUGUACACAAUUAUCAUAAAAAUAAUGCAAACACGAAGCAAAAAUGUCCCAAAAAUGCUUUUAAAAUAGGUUUUAAAAAAUAGAAUUUAUGAAAAAAUAAUUCAGUUUUAGAGUGAAAUGUCACAAUGUUGUGUUCAAUUCAUCAGUUACCUAAUGGAUGUGAUUUGUUACCAAAAUUGAUAAGAAAUGGUAUAAAAGUAAAAAAAGAAAUUGAGAAUAAUGGGAACUACAGUAAAUUUGUGGGAAACUUGCACAAUUGAGCAUAUUGUGAAGAAAUGUACACAAUUGUCAUGAAAAUAAUACAAACACAAAGCAAAAAUGUCCCAAAAAUGUUCCUAAAAAUAUGAUUAAAUUUUCUUUAUGAAAAAAAAAAGAAUUAUAUUUUAGAGUGAAAUGUGACAAUUUUGUGUGCAGUUCAUCAGUUUCCUGAAAAGUACGAAUAGAUGUGACUUAAAUUGAGAAAUAGUAAAAAAAAAAAAAAAAAAAAGAGAGAGAGAGAAAUGUACACAAUUGUCAUGAACAAAAAUACAAACACAAAGCAAAAAUGUCCCAAAAAUGCUUUAAAUUGAUUUAUGAAAAACAAAAAAAUACUUUUUAAAGUAAAAUGUGACAAGUUUGUGUGCAAUAAUACAACCACAAAGCGAAAAUGUCUUAAAAAUGGUCUUAAAAAUAGGUUUGAAUUUAUUUUGGGGGUGAAGUGUGACGUUUUUGUGUAACUUAUGGUACUUAUGGGUAUGUUCUAGAAUUGAAUAGAAAUUAUGAAAUUCAUUCUCAAUACCUGCCUAUGACAGCAUUUUGGCCAUUGUUUGUGUCUUCAAAACAUUUACCUGUAUAAUUCACCUAUGAGACUCAAAAGUGCUGGUUUUCGGGAGAGUGUUGGUUUUUUGUAGUUUGAUUUGUUUAGAUGAAUAAGUUGGAGGUUAUUUGAGUGAAUUUGGAAGGAGCGAUUGUGCAUGCUUUGUUUCUUGGUUUUUACUAAAUAAAAUACAUACACACACACACACACACACACACAUCAACUUUUACACACAUUCUGUGACUCGAAUCUUCAGGCCAAUACAAUAAAGAAAAGCUUGUGAACACCA